AAAGGAGGGGGAGAGAGUCUGAGUUGCCAUAUCCCUGCCAAGGGUGAGCAUUUACGCACGAUCCAGUCUCCGAUCUCCAGCAGCUCUGCUCCUCCAUCAGGACUAAUUUCCCUUUCCUUCAUGAUAACUUCUGAACUCGGUUUUUUUUCCACACAUAUUUGGUAUCCAUUUGGUGCGUGGAGAAGGGGGGAAAAACGCGCAACUUUUACCACCCAUCUGCGCGCACAAGCGAACUUGUUCCAUCCUCUUUCGGUGCCAAUUAUACAGCCCCUGUGUUGAAGCCUCCCUGCCCACCAUUGACCCUGUUAUCCAGGUUUAAUGUCAACUCUCUGGCUCCAAAGUGGAAGGAAUUACCCCACUCUUAGUCUCCAACGAGGAAAAAAAGACGAGCAACACAGCAAAAUGCAGAGCUUGACUCGUGUGCUCUUUCAAGUCUCCUUGACUACUCUUUCUUUUUGGUGAAAUACAGGGUCCGAACUGUGUGGAUAAACCCCCCAAGGGUUUUGACAUUUCAGCUUUUCUGCCCUUGUUGUUCUUGUUUUUUUUUUUUUUCUGCUCCUCUUCUGGCUUCAGUGUUUUUUUGGAGGCAACCCAGAUGAUGGGACCGUGUCGCUCAGGCACAUGCAGAGCCCUGGCUCUCCUGGCGCUCCUGUUCACCUUGCGGGAAAGAGGCUGCUGGGGAUUGAAUCCCAGCUCUGGGGAUCUGGAGAAGUCCCCACACUCAGAUCCAGACUCCUGGGAGGUCCUGCACAGGCACAAACGCAGCUGGGUGUGGAACCAGUUCUUCGUGUUGGAGGAGUUCACAGGGAAUGAACCGCUCUAUGUUGGCAAGCUACACUCAGACCUGGACAAGGGCGAUGGCAAAGUGAAGUAUGUGUUAACUGGCGAGGGCGCAACCUCCAUCUUCACCAUUGAUGAAAACACGGGAGACAUCCAUGCCACGAAGCGACUCGAUCGGGAGGCCCAGGCCUACUACACCCUCGCAGCUCAGGCUGUAGACCGACUCACUAAUUUACCCGUAGAGCCAAGGUCUGAAUUUGUGGUCAAGGUCCAGGACAUCAAUGACAAUGAGCCUAAGUUUCUUGAUGGACCGUACUUGGCAGGAGUACCAGAGAUGUCACCCUUAGGAACCAUGGUAGUGCAAGUGGCAGCCACAGAUGCAGAUGACCCGACAUAUGGGAACAGUGCCAGGGUCGUCUACAGCAUCGUCCACGGACAGCCGUACUUCUCAGUGGAGCCCAAAACAGGUAUCAUCAGAACAGCUCUACCCAACAUGGACCGGGAGACGAGGGACCAGUACGUGCUCGUCAUCCAGGCCAAAGACAUGGUGGGGCAGAUGGGUGGCCUCUCCGGCACCACGUCUGUCACCGUCACGCUCACCGACGUCAAUGACAACCCACCUCGCUUCACUCACAAGAGCUAUCAAUACACGGUGCUGGAGUCGCUGCCGGUGAAAUCUGUGGUGGCCAGAAUCAAAGCGGCCGAUGCAGAUAUAGGCUCCAACGCCGAGAUGGACUACCGGAUCAUGGACGGGGACGGGCCCGGCAUGUUCAACAUAACAACCGACGAGGACACACAGGAGGGGGUGAUUCUACUGCUGAAGCCUCUGGACUUUGAAACAAAGAGCAGCUUUUCUUUGAGAAUCGAGGCCACAAACAGGAAUAUUGACUCCAACUUCUUGAGCUUGGGCCCAUUUAGCGACACGACAUCAGUCAAAGUGACCGUGGAGGACGUGAACGAGCCGCCCAUGUUUUCCUCGCCACUUAGCAGGAUGGUUGUUUCGGAGGACGCCAGAGUGGGCACCUCAAUUGGGAGAGUAUCUGCCCACGAUCCAGACACGUCCAACAGUGCCAUCAGGUACUCCAUCGAUAGGAACACAGACCUGGAGCGCUUCUUCAACGUGGACGCGCUGAGCGGGAUCAUCAGCACAGCCAAGCCUCUGGACCGAGAGGCCAACUCGGUCCAUAAUCUCACCAUCUUUGCCAUCGAGAGCCAGGAUCCAACCCAAAUCGGAAAAGGCGUCACUCUCAUCACAGUCACGGACAUAAAUGACAACGCCCCGGUUUUCGCCAUAGACUAUGAAACUCUCCUCUGCGAAAACGCCAGGCCAGGCCAGGUGAUCCAGACCAUCAGCGCUGUGGAUAAGGACGAACCCCUCAGCGGACACCGGUUUUACUUUGCCCUCGCUGCAUCUGCUGCUGGCAACCUGAACUUUACUCUGCGAGACAACAAAGACAACACGGCGUCCAUACUGACAAAGCGCGGGGGAUUCAGGAGACGGGAGCAGCCUGUGUAUCAGCUGCCCGUGCUGAUCAUGGACAGUGGGAGUCCUGCCCUCAGCAGCACCAACACACUGUCGGUGCGCGUGUGUGACUGCGACUCGGAUGGCGUGGCCUUGUCUUGUGGAGCCGUGGCCUACACGGCGACGGGCCUGAGCACCGGCGCCCUCUUGGCUAUUUUGGGCUGCAUCAUUACGCUGCUGGUGAUGGUUCUGCUAAUUGUGACGAUGCGUCGGAGGAGGAAGGAGCCCCUGAUCCUCGAGGAGGAGCGGGACAUCAGGGAGAACAUCGUCCGCUACGACGACGAGGGCGGGGGAGAGGAGGACACCGAGGCCUUCGACAUGGUCACCCUCCGCAACCUGAACGUCAUCAGAGACCCCAAUGUGCGGCGAGACGUCACGCCAGAUACUCCCAGCUUCUUCCAUUACCCAUCAGCCCCUCGCCCGCCCUAUAAAUCCCUCCCAGACAAUGUGGUGUUUCGAGAGUUCAUUUGGGAGCGGCUGAAGGACGCUGACGUGGACCCGUCAGCUCCCCCGUACGACUCGCUGCAGACGUACGCCUUUGAAGGCAGCGGCUCGGUGGCAGAGUCGCUAAGCUCACUUGAGUCGCUAAGUACAGACUCAGACCAGAACUAUGACUAUCUCAGCAACUGGGGACCACGCUUCAAAAAGCUGGCCGACCUGUACGGCAACAGCGACGGCACCAGUGUCUUCUCGUAGCCCUUAAACGUCUCUCUCUUAACAUUUAUGAAUAUGAGUAAUUUAUUGUCAGAGAAAGUGGUAUUUGUCCGCCGCAGCGCACCGGAGGAAACCAUUCAAAGACAAACACAGGAGAGAGUGAGAGACAAACACUUUCACUUCAAAAAGGUUUUUGGUUUGUUUACCUCCUUGUAUGGAUUCUUUUCAGGCGCGUGCCAUGGUGGGUUUUGACACGGACUUCAAAAAGUGGCGUGAGUGAGAAGGAAACCUUGUGUGCAAGAGACAUUAAAAGGUUCCAGAUUUUGGGCUUGAGUCCAGCCUCUGACUGCAGAAUGCAAACAUGUUGGAGUAUUUAUACGGGGAGGCACCUGUCGUUUCAUUCCAGCGAUGGGCACGGGCCCAGCACUUUUGCUUUGAUGCAUUCCUUUGCGAUCUUUGUGCUUAAAAAACAAAAACAAAAGAAAAACAAGAAAAAAUAAACAAAAACUAAAGUUCCUCAUGGAAUGCUGUGUCCCCGGUGGCUAAUCAGUAUUCACUUGAUUGUUCACAUGAAGUUUCACAACAACUAUUUUGAUUUUUCUGCUUUGUUUCUGGUUUAGUGGGGCAGGGGAACGGCUCAUACGUAUUAUUCAUGGACAUAACCUGUCAACGUGAUAUGAAAAGUGCACCCGCACAUAUAAAAGUAUAAACAAGUAGUAGAUGUGCUAAGGAAGUGAUGUGAAGGCAUAAGUUGUGCAAAAAGUGUAAAAAGAAUGACACGCCGGGUGUCAGAUUGAUGUCUUCAGUGGGUGAAACAGGAAAGGCAUAUGAUUUUUUUUUUUUUCUUAUUCUCCUAACAGUACAUUUUGCAGAUGUUGCAAUGUAGUGUUUCGUCUGAGUCUGUUUUUCUUUCCCUAUUUUUCUUCAAUUGCAAAACAAAAAAAAAAAAGGUCCAAUGUAUGAUUUCUGAGCCGAGUUCUGCUUUUGAGGGAGGCUGAGGGGAGGGGAGGGGAGGGCGACAUCUGCUACUUCACAAAGCUUCUCUGAAGGUUUCAUUCUUGUCGUGCUUGAUUGCGAAAAUCAUGCCACAUAGACACUAGAGAAAAAAAAAAAAAAAAAAGAAAUAAAAAAAAGUUUCUGAACAGCAGUGGUAGUCCUUACCUGGGUGAAGUUGCAGUUUGUAAGUAAAUGAAUUCUUUGCUUCUGUAGCUUUGCCGAGUCCAACAUGUAUUGUCAUUUAAAAAGGAAACCAAUAAUGUUCAUGAUAUGUUCACUGGCGGCGAGAGGACACACUGUAUGAUAACCAUAUUGUGCCAAUUUUUUUCGUGUCGACAUGUACAACUGAGAUGUAUUAUUAUUAUUUAUUUUGAAGAGGCAGAAAUGUGCAAAUGAUGUUUUUAUCCUUUUUCCUGAAAAUAAAAUUGACAUUUGGUUCCUUAAAAAAAAAAAAGAAAGAGAGACUUAUUUUCAGUCCUCCUGAAAACGUCGAGUAAAUAAAAAAAGAGGCUGUUUUCUGACCGACAACCAGCAUCAGACAGAAAGGAUCGACGAUGUGAAAAAAAAAGUGGUGCUUUGUUCUCUGCGCGUUUAGGGAACUCAAGGAACCAGUGAGAGGGUUGGAAUGGGAGGAGGAAAAAAGAAAAUCAUUUAUUAUUAUUUUUUUUGUGAAUGUCUUUUUGAUGAGGCUUUUGUAGUUGAAAGGCCUGAUAUAGACAAAGCACUGUCGCUCCACAGAGGCGUGUGUGAUGACUUUGAGGUUCACUAUCAGCCAUCUGAGAAUCCUUUU